AUGGCGCCAACGGGAGAUGGGGUGCGCCUGCCCUCCCUGGGGACUUCCGCCUCUGCGGUGACACUGCCGAAGCAAGGCGAUGCGGAAAUGCAACGAGCCACGAGCCAGACAGACCUGCGGUCGCAGUCCAAACCAGCCUGGCCCAGCACGAAGCCCAAGAGCGGGCUCGUGUCCGUGAAGUUCCGCGGGGAUCAUGGAAUCUCCUUCGAGGGCACCCGGGUGUCGCACUCGGUCCUCCAGGCCUGGAUGCUCGGUGUGCGACCAGGGUGGACAGUGUUGUCCAUCGAGGGUCAAUCCGUCCGUACGAAGGAGGAGAUCGAAGAGGCCCUCACUGCCGCAGCGGAUCAAGAGAAGCGGUAUGUCGUGUGCUUUGAGAAAGGCCAAGGCAAGUUCGGCACAGAGGCAAAAGAGAAGGCCGAGCGCGAGAAGCGGCAGCUGGCCAAGCUUCGAAAAGAGUUCCGCUACCAGGGCCGAAUCGACAAGGCAGAACAUCGUGGUACCACAGUUUCACAGCUCGAAAGAGUCUGCGCCUGCUUGGAGGAGAAUUGCUCCGCAUGGACAGAUCACCUACCAGCAAAGAUGUCCAAGACAUCCGGGCAGCCGCUACGAAUCGACUUCCUUAACUUUUACCACCUCAGCAAGUAUCUCCUCCUACCCAUGACGCAGCCUCUCGGCUGCACUGAGUCGCUGACCAUGGGAUAA